GAAGGAGGAGCAAGGCUCAAGAUGGCCGACAAAACGCCAGGCGGAUCUCAGAAGGCCAGUUCAAAGGUAGUUUCUUAGAGAUCUCCGUCAGUCAGUGGGUCUUUCACCGUGGUCAGGGGCCUACAGAAAUCUCUGGCCUUCGAGAGCUUUCUGGGCUGAGGGGCUAAGGCCUGUUCGCCACAGUGGGCCUGGCACCGCUGCAUCAAGGUGCGCAGGUUGAGAGGCCUGAGGGCGCGCGUCCGUUCCGGCUGGGAUUCAGCCCCACACUAGCGUGCCUGCUGGCGAGCGGGGCUUGUCCCUCGUUUGGCUUUGGGGUCAGAGCCGAUCAUCAGAUGUUCAUUCAUCUGGAUCUUCAGAUGCACAUAUGGAUGCAUCUGGACCCUCAGAUAGUGAUAUGCCAAGUCGAACACGACCUAAAAGCCCAAGAAAACACAAUUAUAGGAAUGAGAGUGCACGUGAAAGCCUUUGUGAUUCUCCUCAUCAGAAUCUCUCAAGACCUCUUCUAGAAAACAAGCUUAAAGCAUUCAGUAUUGGAAAAAUGAGCACAGCAAAGCGAACUCUAAGUAAGAAGGAACAAGAGGAGUUGAAGAAAAAGGAGGAUGAAAAGGCAGCUGCUGAAAUUUAUGAGGAAUUUCUUGCUGCUUUUGAAGGAAGUGAUGGUAAUAAAGUGAAAACGUUUGUUCGAGGCGGGGUUGUUAAUGCAGCUAAAGAUGAACAUGAAACAGAUGAAAAAAGAGGUAAAAUAUAUAAGCCAUCUUCAAGGUUUGCAGAUCAAAAAAAUCCUCCAAAUCAGUCAUCCAAUGAAAGGCCACCAUCUCUUCUUGUGAUUGAGACGAAAAAGCCCCCACUGAAGAAAGGGGAGAAGGAAAAGAAAAAAAGCAAUUUGGAACUUUUCAAAGAAGAACUAAAACAAAUUCAGGAAGAACGUGAUGAGAGACAUAAAACAAAAGGCAGGUUAAGUCGGUUUGAGCCUCCUCAGUCAGACUCUGAUGGUCAGCGACGUUCUAUGGAUGUGCCUUCAAGAAGAAAUAGAUCGUCUGUUCUUGAUGAUUAUGCACCUGGCUCACAUGAUGUAGGAGAUCCCAGCACUACAAAUUUAUACCUUGGAAACAUUAAUCCACAGAUGAAUGAAGAAAUGCUGUGCCAAGAAUUUGGAAGAUUUGGACCAUUAGCUAGCGUAAAAAUCAUGUGGCCCAGAACCGAUGAAGAAAGAGCACGAGAAAGAAACUGUGGCUUUGUGGCUUUUAUGAAUAGAAGAGAUGCUGAAAGAGCUCUAAAGAAUUUAAAUGGGAAAAUGAUUAUGUCUUUUGAAAUGAAGCUAGGUUGGGGUAAAGCUGUACCUAUUCCUCCACAUCCAAUAUACAUUCCACCUUCUAUGAUGGAACACACACUCCCCCCGCCUCCAUCCGGACUGCCUUUUAAUGCGCAGCCUAGAGAGCGAUUAAAAAACCCCAACGCUCCCAUGUUACCACCACCUAAAAACAAGGAGGAUUUCGAGAAGACUCUGUCGCAAGCCAUAGUCAAAGUGGUUAUCCCAACAGAAAGGAAUUUACUCGCCCUGAUACACCGAAUGAUAGAAUUUGUUGUACGUGAAGGGCCAAUGUUUGAAGCUAUGAUUAUGAACAGAGAAAUCAACAAUCCUAUGUUCAGGUUCUUAUUUGAAAACCAGACACCAGCCCAUGUUUACUACAGGUGGAAGCUUUAUUCUAUUCUGCAGGGAGAUUCUCCAACGAAAUGGCGGACAGAAGAUUUUCGAAUGUUCAAAAAUGGAUCCUUUUGGAGGCCACCACCAUUGAAUCCAUACCUUCAUGGGAUGUCAGAGGAGCAAGAGACAGAAGCUUUUGUAGAAGAGCCUAGUAAGAAGGGAGCACUCAAGGAAGAACAGCGGGAUAAAUUAGAAGAAAUCUUGCGAGGAUUAACUCCAAGGAAAAAUGAUAUUGGAGAUGCCAUGGUUUUCUGUCUUAAUAAUGCUGAAGCUGCUGAAGAAAUAGUGGAUUGCAUUACUGAGUCGUUGUCCAUCCUAAAGACUCCUCUUCCCAAGAAGAUUGCCAGAUUAUAUUUGGUUUCUGAUGUUUUAUACAACUCUUCAGCCAAAGUUGCCAAUGCUUCCUAUUACAGGAAAUUUUUUGAAACAAAGCUAUGUCAGAUAUUUUCAGACCUCAAUGCUACUUAUCGUACAAUUCAAGGCCAUUUACAAUCUGAAAACUUUAAGCAACGGGUAAUGACCUGCUUCAGAGCAUGGGAAGAUUGGGCAAUUUAUCCAGAACCAUUUUUGAUCAAACUUCAGAAUAUUUUCCUAGGACUUGUAAAUAUCAUUGAAGAAAAGGAAACAGAGGAUGUGCCAGACGAUCUUGAUGGUGCUCCCAUUGAGGAAGAGCUUGAUGGUGCUCCUCUGGAAGAUGUCGAUGGCAUUCCCAUUGACGCCGCUCCCAUGGAUGACCUUGAUGGUGUCCCUAUAAAGAGUCUGGAUGAUGAUCUGGAUGGGGUGCCGUUGGAUGCAACUGAAGACUCAAAGAAGAAUGAGCCCAUAUUUAAAGUUGCCCCAUCAAAAUGGGAGGCUGUAGAUGAAUCUGAGUUGGAAGCACAAGCGGUAACGACUUCUAAGUGGGAGUUAUUUGACCAGCAUGAAGAAUCAGAAGAAGAAGAAAACCAAAAUCAGGAGGAAGAAAGUGAAGAUGAAGAAGACACUCAGAGUUCCAAGUCAGAAGAACAUCAUUUGUACUCUAACCCAGUCAGAGAAGAGAUGACCGAGUCGAAGUUCUCCAAGUACUCUGAAAUGAGUGAAGAAAAACGAGCUAAACUUCGUGAAAUUGAGCUAAAAGUUAUGAAGUUUCAAGAUGAAUUGGAAUCUGGAAAGAGACCUAAAAAACCAGGCCAAAGCUUCCAGGAGCAAGUAGAGCACUACAGAGACAAGCUGCUGCAGCGGGAGAAGGAGAAAGAAUUAGAAAGAGAACGAGAAAGAGACAAAAAAGAUAAAGAAAAAUUGGAAUCUCGAUCCAAAGACAAGAAGGAAAAGGACGAAUGUACUCCUACGAGAAAAGAAAGGAAGAGACGACAUAGUACCUCCCCCAGCCCAUCUCGAAGUAGCAGUGGUCGUCGAGUGAAAUCCCCAUCACCCAAAUCAGAGCGGUCUGAACGGUCAGAAAGGUCUCAUAAGGAGAGCUCACGGUCCAGGUCCUCUCACAAAGACUCUCCUAGAGACGCUAGCAAGAAAGCCAAAAGGUCACCGUCUGGUUCAAGGACACCUAAAAGGUCUAGGCGGUCUCGGUCUAGGUCCCCUAAGAAAUCAGGGAAGAAAUCCAGAUCUCAGUCCCGCUCUCCACACAGGUCUCAUAAAAAGUCAAAGAAAAACAAACACUGACGUAUAUUUUUAAGAUGCUGUCACUUAUUGGAAAUGCAAGUUUGUUUUGUGCCUGAAUGGUUUUUUUUGUUUGUUUGUUUGUUUUUAAUAAAAAAAACCAUACACACAAAAACAAAAAAAAUUCUAAUGAAAGAGCAUUCCUGGGUUUUGUUUGUUUGUUUGUUUGUUUGUGAAUGCAUGUGUAAACUCAUGAGUAACUGCAUCUGUAGCCCCGUCAUUGUUUUAUAUUGUAUAAAUUACUUUUGUUGUGGCUGUUUUCUCAAGAUGAAAUUUUUAUUGUGCUAAUGAAUUUCAUCAAAAAUGUGUCCAUUGGAUCUGCUGGCAGUAGUAGUAUUUUGUUUUAGGAUGUUGUGACUUAGACACAUAAUACAGAUGUCUUCCCCCCUUUUGUAGCUUUGACAAUUUGAAUUAGAUUUCAAAUAAAAUCUGAACAGAAAACUAUAAUGUUGUUUUUUUGCCCAGUUGGUGACACCAAGUCCCUUAAAGACCUACUAAAUGAAUUUGGCACCAUUGCUGUUUCUUAUCCCUAGUGCACUUUAUAAACUCCAGUGUCAAGUAGCUAGUGUUUUAUAAUUGCUAAAAUGACUUUCAAAAGUUUAGGGACCCAACACUCCUGUUUGUAGGUUUUGCUUAUCUGUUUCUGUAAAAAGGGUUUCAUACCCAGAGAUGAGAAGGUUUGAAUGAGAGGGUCUGAUGUGUAUCUGUUACUGUAGUGCCUGGUUAAGACAGUUCUUUUUUUUCUCAAAGAAGCAACAUGACUUCAAAACACUCAGCCCAUCUUCUGAGUAACUAACGUAUUUAGGGUAAAUUAAUUUUUAUCUUCUAUCAUGAAACAAGUUUAUUUAUAAAAGGUUUUAUAAAAAGUUUACCAUAGAAUUCUUUUGUAAUAGUUGCCUUUUUAUAAUUGUCUGUAGGUUAUCUUUAAAACACUGGUAUCAUGAUAUUUGUACAAAUUUGUUUGAAACAGCUUUUUGUUUUGAAGGAUUUGGUUUGAAGUACAGCUUUAAAUAAAAAUUCAAAAAUUAAAUGGUUUUCAGGCAAUUUUAACAUCCAAUGGUUCAUAAAUUCAAGGCGCAAAAAGUUGACUUAAACCAGUGUUGAAUUCUAUUAUAAACAGGAACAAACUUGGCUGUGGUCUGGGGAAGAAAUAGGAAAACUUGUGAAUGUUGAUCACAGUCCCGCAGAGAAUAUGAUGUAAUAAAGGCCAUGUGGACUUGAACUGACGAUAGUGUCUGUCAGUCAGUCUUGCUUUCAGGUUUCCAUCUAGGUACUUUAUGGAGUGCUUUAUGUUUUUCUGCAAUAAUGGAUUGUUUGGAUUUAACUUUUUUAAAAUUUUUUUCACCUUGUUUACUUAAUCUUGCCCAAUCACAAAAUAAGGUGUCUUCUACCUGUGAUUCGGGGAGUAGUCACAUCAGCUGUACAGUGUCUUCUACCUGUGAUUCGGGGAGUAGUCACAUCAGCUGUACAGUGUCUUCUACCUGUGAUUGGGGAGUAGUCACAUCAGCUGUACAGUGUCUUCUACCUGUGAUUGGGGAGUAGUCACAUCAGCUGUACAGUAAGGCAUGUCCUUUCCUUAUCCAGCACGUCUGCAGCAGCUUUAGAAGUGAGCCAGUCAUGCUGCUUUACAUUGUGGUUCUUAGCAUGAAAAUACUAUUCAGGCCUUUGUUUACCUACUUUAUUAAACAAUGUUAAUUCCUUAAAGUUGCUCAGAGCAAUUAAUAUGAACAUUUGGUGCUGAUUCUUAAAGAUACAGCCAUUAAAAGAGGAACACAUUUUUCUCCUGUGUUCAUUGUCUGGGAGAAUGCCAUUUUAUAUCAUCUUUCUUUUAAGAAAAAUGGUGUUAAAUUGCUGGUGGUUGUGGUAUUCCUCAUUCCCUGGGUCUUUAGAUAGACAAAGAAAUAAUUGGUCAGAAAGUGAUUUUCUUUUUUCUUUUUUUAGGCAAAUUAUGAAGGAUAAUUACUUUUCUCUCUUGAUUACAACACUUUAGCUUGGUUUGGGGUGUUUAUUUGUAGUGUUUUCUACUGCAAUUAAUCCAUAUUGUAAGUAUUAUAAUUAAUCUCGGAAUGGAUAAAACUGGCUUCCUUUUGGGUAGGUGAACAAUUACUUAGACCUGAUAGAAUAAGUUUUGGAGUUCUUUAAUGUAUAUGUUAGGUUGCUUUGGAUUUUGCUUUCUUGAAUUGUAAAUAUCAUUAACUAGAUUCAUCCUCUCUCUCUCUCUCUCUCUCUCUCUCUCUUUCUCGGAAGUAUCUAGAAUAAACUGUUAAAAUUCACAGUGGAUUCAAGUGGCACACACUUGUUAUUCCAGCAUUAAGACUACAGGACUGUAAGCUCAGGAGCUUUGAGCAAUAGAGAGAGAGAGAUCCUGUCUCAAAAACAAGGUCCCUGUAAAUUUAAUGGGAUCAGAAGCGGGUCUUACGAGAAGGAAGCUAUUCUGCAUAUUUUUAAAAAAAAUAAUAGCGUAGUUUUCAUAUCUAAAGAAUAAUAGCAUAAUUUCUGUGAGCUAAAGUGUUGAUAAAUGAUCUGAGAGUUACAGGGGAGAUGGUUCUGGCACAGCUGUGGGCCUCUACUACUUGUAUGUGCGAGGAGAUGCUCUGUGUCCAUCCUACAUCGUUCCUAACACAGGAUUCCCGCCAAGGUGAUACCAUUUGCUUCUCUCUACAUAGUUGUAGAAAUAACAUGUUGGUUGAUUCCUUACCAAAGAGAGACCUCUGACUGAAGAGGAUUGUGAGGGUAGUGUUCUUUGGCGUUGUAUUUCCGUUUUCUGUGAGUCAGCUUGUGGAGGUUUCUAAUUGUAGUGAGUUAGAGAUUAAGGAACUAGGGACACAGAAAGCCUGAUCUCAAAGGAUCCUUUUAUUUGGUUCACAAUAUUUUUGGCUUUUUUGCUAAAUUUUGCUGAAAUUGUUCUAUGCUGACCUAAUUUUCUUUAUUGCAGACCAUUCCUAUGGGCUUAACCUGAGAAUUGUAUUCUAGUUAAAGAGUGUUGGAAGGAAUACUUCCUUCUCACCUAUGUAUUUUUCCCAUUCUUUAAUAUUCUUGAGUACUUGAAAAAUACCUUAAAAGAAAUUUUGUUCAUGAUCUAAUGUAUGUUUAAUUAAAAAUAUCCUGUACACUUGCUUUGAUGGCAGUGUAAGUUCUGAGAAAUUGAAUAUCAUGGUAAUAGUUUAUCAUGGUUAAAAAUAAGGAGAGAUAAACCUGUUGCCAAAAUGAGUUAACCUAUUCCGAUGACCACAACUAUGUGAUUUCUUUAGCAGAGAAAGUUGUUUUUAAAAAUAAACUACCGCUUUUU